UUGUGUCCCUGGAGAAUCUGGUUGGGGUAGGAGCUAAAUCUCAGGGCCACUUGAUCUAUAAAAGAGUGCUAUGGUAAUCCAGAGCAGGAGAAGCUGAGGGGGAGCCUGCCUGCUGGUCCCUUCCUGCAGUUGAAAACUUACCAGACCUUCAGAGAGGACAAUUUCCCCCUUCUGAUCUGGAUGUUUUUUCAAACAUGAAGGCAAUAAGCUUAUUCAUUUUGGUGGGAUUUACAGGAGAAUUUCAAGUUUUUUCAAGUGCUUCUUUGCCAGUCAACUGCCAGUGGAAUCUGUAUGGCCCUUGGUCAGAAUGCAGUGGCUGCACCAAGAUUCAGAUUCGUAGGCGGUCAGUUGCUGUUUAUGGACAGUAUGGGGGUCAACCUUGUGCUGGAAGUGCUUUUGAAAUACAACCAUGUGAACCUACACAAGGGUGUCCAACAGAGGAGGGCUGUGGACAGCGUUUCAGGUGUUUUUCAGGUCAGUGCAUCAGCAAAUCCUUGGUUUGCAAUGGGGAUUCUGACUGCGAAGAAGACGGUGCUGAUGAGGACAGAUGUGAGGAUGCAGAAAGCAGACUUUCCUGUGACACUGAUCAUCCCCCUCCCAACAUAGAGCUUACUGGCAAUGGUUAUAAUGCUCUCACUGGCCAGUUUAGGAACAGAGUCAUCAAUACCAAAAGUUUUGGAGGUCAGUGCAGAAAAGUAUUCAGUGCAGAUGGAAAAGAUUUCUACAGACUGAGUGGAAAUAUCCUCUCUUAUACAUUCCAGGUAAAAGUAAAUAAUGAUUUUAAUUAUGAAUUUUAUGAAAGUAGUUGGUCUUACAUAAAACAUACAUCAACAAAACAUACAUCAUCAAGUGACAGACGCUCCUUCUUUAGAUCUUCAUCAUCUGUUUCACACAGUUAUGCUUCAGACCUCAACAAAGAGUACAAGGAAAAGAAUUAUCAUUUGUUGGUUAUUCAGAACACUGUUGAAGUGGCUCAAUUCAUUAAUAACAAUCCAGAAGUUUUACAACUGGCUGAGCCAUUCUGGAAGGAACUUUCUUACCUUCCUUCCCUGUAUGACUACAGUGCCUAUCGAAGAUUAAUUGACCAAUAUGGGACGCAUUUUCUGCAGUCUGGGUCUAUGGGAGGAGAAUACAAGGUUCUAUUCUACGUGGACUCAGGGAAAACCAAACAAAGUGGUACAAGUUCAGGAGAUGAGGAGAAAUGUACUGCCUCAGAUUUCAAUUUUAUCUUUGGGUCAUCAUCAGAGCACAAAUGCAAGAAACUAGGAAGGGGUUUACAAUCAGCUUCAGGAACUGACAGCAAUGUGUUGAAAGGACAACCAUUUGUCAGAGGGGGAAGUGCAGCCCUCGUAUCUGGCCUUAGUUUCCUGGAUCUAAACAAUCCUGCUGGGAACAAAAGGAGAUAUUCUGCCUGGGCAGAAUCCGUGCCUAAUUUUCCCCAAGUCGUAAAACAAAAGAUAACACCUCUAUAUGAAUUGGUAAAGGAAGUACCUUGUGCCUCUGUGAAAAGACUGUAUCUGAAACGAGCUCUCGAGGAGUACCUGGAUGAGUUUGACCCCUGCCAUUGCCGGCCUUGUCAAAACGGGGGCAUGGCCAUCGUUGUGGGGACCCAGUGUCAGUGCCAUUGCAAACCAUACACCAAUGGUGUGGCGUGUGAGCAAGGAGUCCUCGUAGGGAAUCAUGAAGGAGGGAUUGAUGGAGGUUGGAGUUGCUGGUCCUCUUGGGGCCCCUGUGUUGAAGGAAAGAAAAUAAGGACCCGAGAAUGUAAUAACCCAUAUCCCAGUGCAGGUGGGAAGUCCUGCAUUGGAGAGACAAGUGAAAGCAGUCAGUGUGAGGAUGAAGAGCUGGAGCAUUUGCGAUUACUUGAACCACACUGCUUUCCUUUGUCUUUGGUCCCAAAAGAAUUCUGUUCAUCACCUCCUGCCUUGAAAGAUGGAUUUGUUCAAAGUGAAGAUGUCAUAUUUUCUGUUGGGAAAAACAUAGUAUACACUUGCAAUGAAGGAUAUUCUCUUGUUGGAGACUCCGUUGCCAGAUGUGGAGAAGAUUUACAGUGGGUUGUUGGGGAAAUGCACUGUCAGAAAAUUGCUUGUGUUCUACCUGUACUGAUGAAUGGCAUACAGACCCACCCUCGCAAGCCUUUCUACACAGUUGGUGAGAAGGUGACUCUUUCCUGUUCAGGUGGAAUGUCCUUAGAUGGACCUUCAGUUUUUCUUUGUGGCUCCAGUCUUAAGUGGAGCCCUGAGAUGAAGAAUGUUCAUUGUAUGCGAAAAGAUGCUUCCUUAACACAGGCGGCACCUGAAUGUCAGCUGUGGGAGAAAGUGCAGCAUUCAAGAUGUGUUUGUAAAAUGCCUUAUGAAUGUGGAUCUUCCUUGGAUGUAUGUGCUCAAGAUGAGAGAAGCAAAAGGAUGCUGGCUCUGACAGUUUGCAAGAUGCAUGCUCUCCACUGUCAGGGUAGAAAUUACACUCUUGCUGGAAGGAGCAGCUGUACUCUGCCUGCCUUGGCCCAGAAAGCCUGCGGUGCAUGUCCACUCUGGGAAAAGUGUGAUGCCCAGAGCAGCAGAUGUGUCUGCCGAGAAGCAUCAGAGUGCCAAGAAAAGGGAUUUAGUAUCUGUGUGGAUGUGAAUGGCAAGGAGCAGACAAUGUCUGAGUGUGAGGCGGGCACCCUGAGAUGCAGAGGGCAGAGCAUCUCCAUCACCAGCACAAAGGCCUGUGCCGCAGGCCACCAGUAGGCUCCCGAGGGCCUGGUCAUGUUUGGAGUCCAGCAGUCGCAGGGCUGAGGGAAAACAUCUGCACAGCUGGGCACUUAGACUAUGCCAACACGAAUGCACAUUCUUUCUCCUUCCUCUCCAGUGUAUGUUUCUCUUUUCAACUCUAAGCCAUCUGUGUAAACAAAUCCCUUGUUCUCCCAAACUUGAGUCCAGAUACUCUUUUUUACUUACUUUUUAAAAUUGUAAGAUGAAAAAAUGUUCAUAAGCCACCGCAGGAGCUAGUUAUGUGUUCUUGAAAAAGCUGUCUGGACUUUGACUUUCUUUGUCUAUAACAUUAGAGGAUUAGACUAGAGACACUUGCGUGCUUCAUUCAUCCCGAUGAUUCCAUUAAGUGUGACUGACCCAGCCCACGGGCCAGAACACACUCCACAAAUUGAUCAGGAAAACAGAGAGAAAACAAUUUCCUCUUUAGAGAGGUUGGUGUCCCUCAACAAAAUCAAAUACAAAAAAGGACUCUGAAUAAAAAAGACAUACAAUUACUCCCAUCCUGAGUGGUAAAGUCAUGCUUUACCCUAUGCCAUCUAUUGCCACAGGAAGGGAUCCCUAUUCUUGUCAGCCCUGAACUACCUGAAUGUCAGAGCAGAGUCCAUAGUGCCCUGGCCACAGGGUGCCUUCUGCCUUCUUGUUGGAGGACACGUAGAAUUCAGUCUUCCCUUGGGGGCUUUUCUUUAUUUAGUAUGUGUCAAACGCAAGACCUGCAGUCACUACUCCCUACCUCUUUGUAAAGGAAUAUUAGUUCAUGCUUGAGUUACUGAAUAAUGAAUGUUUGAGAAUAGCCUUCCCUAACAUGGAUACACUCCUGUAUUUUUCUGGAAGUAUAUAGUUUGGCCUUCUUUUUAUUCCUUAUUAUUCUUUUUAUCAAAACAAAAAAGCAGCUGCAGCAGGUAAAAUGAGUAGGCUUCAGCAGAAUUUAAAAUAUGCUUUUAUAUAUAAAUACUCUAUAUUUUCCUUAUGUUGAUAAAGACAUU